AUGUUUAAUUAUUUGUCUACAACAUCAUCAUCUAUUGAUACGAUAACAACAACUGAACAAUCGAGACAAAUAUAUUUUAAUAAAGAUACAUGGGAAAUAUUUAUGAGGUUUUUAACAAUGAAUGCCAAUUUUUAUGAAUAUACACAAUUGAAUAUAAAUCCGCUUGAUGAUUUACUUGGUGAUAAAUAUAAUAUAAGAAGAAAAUUAGGAAUUGGUUUAACUGCAAUGGUUUUUCUGUUAGAAAAAAAUGAAGAUAAUUAUUCAAAUGAUGAUUUACAACACUGUGUUAGAAAAAUUUUCAGAGCACAUUCAAAAUCAGAAGUGUUGUCAAACGAACCUAAAAUAAUAGAACAAUUAAAACAAUUCAAUAAUUUAUUUUUUGAAGAUAUUCUAUAUUCAUCACGUACAGAUAACAUUUGUGUAUUGCUUUGUUCUUAA